AUGGAGAAUUUUAAAUUCCUUUGCUUUUUUCUCCUUUGCCUUGUGGCCUCCGUUCACUGCUAUGUUGGCAAAAGAUUCACCUCAAUAGGUCAAGUCAUAACGGAGGAAUUGUCAAAGGAGAGGCUAUCUGAUACCGUUCCAGCAGUGAGCGGUGGAUUCGGUACAUUUUCAGGCUCUUUACCAGUGUAUAUUGGUCCUCAAGAUGGACUAAAGGAAAGUAAUAAGAUUCAAAGCUUGCCUGGACAACCCAAUGGAAUAAACUUUGAUCAGUAUUCUGGAUACGUUACUGUAGAUCCCAAUGCAGGACGAGCAUUGUUUUAUUAUUUUGUCGAGUCUCCAGAGAACUCUUCUACUAAGCCACUUGUGCUGUGGCUUAACGGAGGGCCUGGUUGUUCUUCCCUUGGUUAUGGAGCAAUGAUGGAACUCGGACCAUUUAGAGUCGAUAAAGGUGGUUACACUUUAUAUCGAAAUGAAUAUGCAUGGAAUAAUGAGGCUAAUGUCAUCUUCCUUGAGUCUCCGGCUGGAGUUGGAUUUUCAUACUCAAACACAACAUCGGACUAUAAUCUAAGUGGAGACAAUCGUACUGCUUCCGAUUCCUAUACCUUUCUAGUUAACUGGCUGGAGAGAUUUCCUGAAUACAAAACUAGGGACUUCUUUAUCACCGGAGAGAGCUAUGCAGGCCAUUAUGUACCCCAGCUUGCUCAACUAAUACUUCAUAACAACAAGUAUGCCAACCAAACUGUUAUCAAUCUAAAAGGGAUUGCCAUUGGCAAUGCAUAUAUCGACAGCCUAACAACAGUUAUUGGCAGCGUGGAUUAUUACUGGACACAUGCUCUUACUUCAGACGAAAUACACAAAGGAAUUGUAUUGACCUGCAAUUUUUCUUUGCCACUUAAUAUAUCGCAAAGUUGUGAGGACUACUUUAAUCAGCUGUAUGAGUCAAUGGGUAAUAUCUACCAAUAUGACAUAUACGCCCCCUUAUGCAAUUCUUCUGCAGCCUCAACCUCUAUCUCUGCGUUUGAUCCAUGCUCAGAAGAUUAUAUAUUUUCUUAUUUAAACAUUCCUGAAGUUCAAAAAGCUCUUCAUGCAAAUGUUACUUCUCUUCCUUAUCCAUGGGAAACCUGCAGUAACCAGAUACACAGGUGGAAUGAUUCACCCUUAACUGUGUUACCUAUUAUUCGUGAGUUGAUGGACAGUGGAAUUCUUGUGUGGAUUUACAGUGGCGACACAGACGGUUCCAUACCAGUCACAUCUACUAGGUAUUCCAUAAACAAAUUGGGACUUUCAGUUAAGACUGCUUGGUAUCCUUGGUACACUAAAGGAGAGGUCGGUGGAUAUGCAGUUGAAUAUCAGAACUUAGCUUUUGUUACAAUUCGAGGAUCUGGGCAUUUCGUUCCCAGUUAUCAGCCGGCUCGGGCACUCACACUCUUCUCUUCGUUCCUUAAUGGGAUGAUUCCCCCCUCGAAUUAGAGCCCAAGCAUCGGAGCUUAAGGACAAAGAG